AUGUCCGAGCUACCUCCCUCGUCGUUGACGUCCAAAGACGACGGCCAGCUCGUGAAGGAACAGGAGUCUGCGUCCACCAAUAACCACAACCACAAGGUGACGUCGUCUGGCUCGUCGGCUUCCGACGACACCAAGGCUUGCACGGUGCAAGACUUGGUGGCGGCUCCACCCCCAACAUUCAAAGACAAGGUCAAGCGGUUCUUGUUCGACAAGGGCUUGGUCGACCGUCCCGACUACCUCCAGCAAAUCUAUGUUAAGGUGCCCAGAUACAUUUACGUCAACCAGCCCCUUCCUCCCCAGAUGACAGUGGGAGGCGAUGGGUCCAACCAACACCCGGUGUUGACCUAUCCUAGAAACAAGAUCAGAACCACCAAGUACACCCCGCUCUCAUUUCUCCCCAAGAACAUCUUGUUCCAGUUCCGAAACGUGGCCAACGUCUAUUUCCUUGUGUUGGUCAUCUUGGGGGCAUUCCAGAUCUUUGGUGUGGACUCUCCGGGGUUGGCCGCAGUUCCCUUGAUUGUGAUUGUGUGUAUCACCGCUAUAAAAGAUGCGUUUGAGGACUAUAGAAGAGCUAUCAGUGACUCGCAAUUGAACAACUCCCCCAUCCACUUGCUCCAGGGCUUGGAGAAUCCCAACGUCCUUGUCAACGAGGUCUCCUUGUGGAGAAGAUUCAAAAAACGGUGUUCCAGAAUCACUGGCAAAGUCACCCAUGGAAUUGCCAAGGGUUGUGUCAUGGUUUUUGCAAGAAAGGAAAAGAGGGCCGAAUUUAUCAGACAAGAACAUUACGAUAAUGAGAACGCACUUCGUAGAGUGAGUACUAUCGUAUCGGACUACUCCUACAACUCUGCCAAUUUGCCCCAGGGUAGACCAAGUGUUUCCUCACCAAAGAAGUCCAUGCAGUCCAGAAGGUCAAGACUCGGUCCUCCUCCCCCUCCAACCAAGCCUAUUGCUAAUACUCUACUCAAUCCUAGCCUUCAAAAAGACAACCUCGCCCAUGAAAAUUUGAGAGCAGCAUUCAAAAACAGACGUUGGAAGGACGUGGCCAUGGGUGAUAUUAUCAGAAUCAGAGCAAACGAAGAAGUUCCAGCUGAUAUUAUCGUUCUUUCUUCCUCCGAUAUCGAAGGAAACUGCUAUAUUGAAACCAAAAACUUGGAUGGUGAAACCAACUUGAAGACUAAGAACUGUCUCCAAGCAGGAGGUGCCGACCAUUUGAAACACUCCAAUGAUUUUUUGAGCACCAAAUUUUGGGUUGAGUGCGAUGCACCAAAUCCAAAUUUGUACUCCUUCAGAGGUACUAUCCAUUAUGAGAACUUCGAUCUGAAUGGACAAUUAGUUAACCCUGAUGAGAAAGAAGCUGUGACUAAUGAUAAUGUUCUUCUUAGAGGUUGUAUGCUUAGAAAUACAAAGUGGGUUAUUGGUUUGGUGGUUUACACUGGUUCUGAAACCAAAAUUAUGUUGAAUUCAGGUAUCACUCCAACAAAGUCGUCCCUCAUUUCUCGUGAAUUAAACCUCUCGGUUAUCAUCAACUUUUUGCUUUUGUUUAUCCUUUGUUUAAUUUCUGGUGUCGUUAAUGGAACUUUUUACAACAAAAAGGAUGUUUCAAGAUUAUACUUUGAUUUCGAACCAUACUCUCCUACAGCUGCAGGAAAUGGUGUUUUGGCUUUUUUUGUUGCUCUUAUUAUUUAUCAAUCCCUUGUUCCGAUCUCGUUGUACAUUUCUGUGGAAAUCAUCAAAACACUUCAAGCUUUCUUCAUUUUCUCUGAUAUGAAAAUGUACUAUGAGAAAUUGGACUUUCCAUGUAUCCCCAAAGCCUGGAAUAUCAGUGACGAUCUUGGUCAGAUUGAAUACGUAUUCAGUGACAAGACUGGUACGCUUACUCAGAACGUUAUGGAAUUCAAAAAGUGCACCAUCAACGGUAAAUCUUAUGGUUUAGCCUAUACAGAAGCAAAGCAAGGUUUGGAUAAAAGAGACGGUUUGGACACGGUCGUCGAAGCUGAAAAAUGGAAAAGACUAAUCCAAAAAGAUAAAGAAGGUAUGUUGGAGAUUCUCUUCAACAGGACCUCGAAUGACCAAUUGCGAGAGGAUAAUGUCACUUUUGUAUCAGAAGCUUAUGUCAAAGAUACGAUCUUGGGCGAGAAUGGCUCCAAGCAAAAGGAAGCUAACAUCACUUUCAUGCAGGCCCUUGCUUUAUGUCAUACCGUUGUCACGGAACCCAAUGAGUUGGAUCCUGAAUUAAGAGAUUUCAAAGCUGAGUCUCCGGAUGAAGCUGCAUUGGUGGCUGUUGCGCGUGAUGUCGGUAUUGUCUUUAAGGAUCGUGCUAGGAAAUUAAUUCAUAUCGCUCAAUAUGGACAAGAUUCCGAAUAUGAACUCGUGGAUAUAAUUGGGUUCACUUCUGCUAGAAAGAGAAUGUCGUGUAUUAUCCGUACUCCUGAAAAUAAGUACUUACUUAUCACUAAGGGUGCUGAUAACGUCAUUUUUCAAAGAUUAGAUGGAAGUGCUAACUCCAAUGAAGUUGUCCAUAAGACUGCUUUACACCUUGAAGAUUAUGCUAAGGAAGGAUUGAGAACUUUGUGUAUUGCCCAACGUGAACUUGAUCCAAAGGUUUAUCACGACUGGUCCAGACGCUACAAGGAUGCGCAUGCUUCUAUUGAUGAUUCUAGAGAUGAAAUUAUUGAAAGGUUGGCUGAAGAAAUCGAAACUGAUUUAAUUUUACUUGGAGGUACAGCCAUCGAAGAUAGGCUUCAAGCUGGUGUUCCUGAUUCCAUCGCAAUUUUAGGUGAAGCGGGUAUCAAAUUGUGGGUUUUGACUGGUGACAGAAUUGAAACCGCUAUUAACAUUGGUUUCUCUUGUAAUUUAUUGGAGAAUAAUAUGAAAUUGCUUGUUGUCAGACCAGAAGAAGGAGACCAAGAGAACAUUGCAUAUAUUGAUGGAUUGAUUACUAAGUACUUGCAAGAAAAUUUCGGUUAUCUCCAAAACGAUUCUGAUGAAGAAGUUGAUAGACUCAUCAAAGAGGCUAGAAAAGAUCAUUCUGCUCCCUCUGCCAAUCAUGCUCUUGUUAUUGAUGGUGCUGCUUUGUCGUUGGUCUUCAGAAGUCUUGCUGUUGAAGAACCAAAUGACCCUUCGAUUAUCAAACUACAGGAAAAAUUCUUGUUACUUGGUAAGCAGUGUAAGUCGGUCAUUUGUUGUCGUGUUUCACCUGCUCAAAAGGCACAAGUUGUCAAGAUGGUAAAGAAUAAUCUUGGUGUUAUGACUUUGGCAAUCGGUGAUGGUGCCAAUGACGUUGCAAUGAUUCAAGCUGCCAAUGUUGGAGUUGGAAUUGCGGGCGAAGAAGGUAGACAAGCCGUUAUGUCAUCGGAUUACGCAAUUGGUCAAUUCAGAUUUUUAACUAGAUUGCUCUUGGUUCACGGUAGAUGGUCUUACAAGAGAUUGGCCGAGAUGGUACCAUGUUUCUUUUAUAAGAACGUUACCUUUACACUCACCUGUUUCUGGUUUGGUAUCUACAACAACUUCGAUGGAUCAUAUCUUUUCGAAUAUACCUUUUUGAUGUUCUUUAACUUGGCCUUCACUUCGUUGCCUGUUAUUGUUUUGGCUGUUUUGGAUCAAGAUGUCUCUGAUACUGUUUCCUUGUUGGUUCCUCAGCUUUAUAGAAGUGGAAUCCUCGGUGCGGAAUGGUCUCAAUUCAAGUUUUCUUGGUAUAUGUUUGAUGGUUUAUACCAAUCUGUUAUUGCAUUUUUCUUCCCCUACUUGCUUUACUACAGAGCCUUCCAGAACCCUCAAGGAUUGUCAGUUGAUCAUAGAUUCUGGAUUGGUAUCACUGUCUGUAUGGUAACUGUGACUGCUUGUGACAUUUAUGUUCUUCUCCGUCAAUAUAGGUGGGAUUGGUUGACUUUACUUAUUGAUGCUAUUUCCAUUCUCCUUGUCUUCUUCUGGGCUGGUGCCUGGAGUGCUAGACAGCAAAUGGCUCAAGAGUUCUACAAAGCCGGUGCUCAAACAUUAGGAACCUUGUCAGUUUGGUGUGUUUUCUUCAUCAGUGUGAUUCUUUGUUUGUUACCAAGGUUCACAUAUGAUUUCUUAAAAUCUAACUUCAAGCCAAGAGACAUUGAUAUUGUUAGGGAAAUGGUCCGUAAGGGUCAGUUUGACGAUUACCCUGCUGGAUAUGACCCCACCGACGCUGAAGAUAUUGAGAGACACAGAAUUUUAAACCAGCUUAUCGAUACUGAUCCUGAGACCUUGCAAAAGUUGGAGCGUGAACAAUUCCCUGAAUUCCACGAAGAAGACAUCGGAGCCACGAGCCCUAUCAAAAAGACAUUCAAGUCCAUAAAGAGAAAAGCUACCAUAACUAGAUCCAAGCUGAAAUCCCAGAGUAGAUCUAGACGAGAUACUCUCAAUGAGAACUUCAAGCACCCUAUUGAUAUUACCGAGUUGAGAAGAAGAAUGAUUCAAGAAGGUGAAUACAACACUGGGGCUAGAAAUUCGUUGGAGAGAAUCAACACUACCCAUGAAUUACCAGGAUUAACUCAAGCUGAAACUUUAAUCUCCUAUCACACUAGAACCAGCAUCAACCUUCGUUGA